AUGCUGAAGGACCAGAAGUCGCUGUAUGAGAGCUUGAAGAAGGAGUGGAGCUCGCUGCAGUGGCAGAACACCGAUCUCUCGCAGAAAAUCGCGGUUCUGCAGUCGUACGCGUCGGGUCACGACCACAUCGAUCAGAAAGCAGAUAAAUUCGUGAAGGACGUGAUCAAACAACGCAACGAAUUCGAGCAGAAAUAUAAGGAUUUGAAGGUGGAGUUGGAGCAGAAGAACGUGGAAUUGGAGCAGACGAAACGGUCGCUUUCGAAUGAGCAAAAAACGAGCGAAACGCUCAGGAAGGAGCAGAAGGAGUCGAAGCUGCCUCCGGAAUUCUCGAGCUUGAUCGAGGAGUGCAUGAAUAUUUGUCUGCUGGCGAAGUUCGAUAAAUCGAAGAAGAUGAGCUCGUUGAAGGACAUCGUGGACACAUUACGAUUGGUCCGACGUGGAUUGGCGUCUACGCUGAAUCUGCUGCGGAGGGAGAAUGAGCGACUGGAUUUGGAGAAUAAACGAGUGAAGGAGAUGUGUGCGACGAGUAAAAAGGAAGAUGACAAAUUGCAUUCCAAAAUUCGGGAGAUUAUCCGUAUUGUUCAGAACCAGGGGAAGGCGCUCAAGGAAUUUGUUGUGGCUUUUCAGGCGUUACAAAGAAAGUGA